ACUCUGAUACACAGACCAUCCAGUGAGUUGUCAGCAUGCCAAAGACACUCGAAAGCAGGUAUCAAAAAGCCAACUCAGGAUACAUCACAAACGCGAUCGAUUACCGUACCAAGUCUUCACUCUCCAGCUACAGCACCGUUUUGUGUGAGGCUUGAAAUUACGUGUAAUCACACUCUAGUUUCGCCUUUCGAAGCGCUCUAG